UAGAAUUUUCAGACCCUUCAGAAAAAAACACAAUCUCUAGGCUUGUCUUCUCCUCCCCCGCCGCCGGCCACCAUGUCCAUCGGGAACGGCCACCUUCCCGCCUCCACCGGCCUCCCGGACCACUCCUCCGCCUCAGACUCCGAGCCCGAGAGCAACACCGAGUACCUCCCCAUCACCGGCUCCGCCGCCUCGGACACCGACACCGACACCGACACCGAGCCCGAUCCUGAUCUCGCAUCUCACCACCGCCUCGGGGCGAUCGGCAACGGCAUGUCCGGGCUGGAUCUCGCCUCCGACAACGAAGAUGCCAACGAUGGAGGCGAGGCGGACGAGGAGGAAGAGCAGUGUCCUGCGGAGGCGGCGGCGGCGCGGGCGCUCUCGGAGGACGAGCGCCGGCGCCGGGCCCCUCUGCCCGCGGACGCCGCGGCCCGGAUCGUGGACGCGAUGCGCGGCGUGGCGUUCCCCGGCGCGCCGCCGUCCUGGGCGGACAGCAUACCCGACGACCAGUGGCUCGACCGCCUCCGCUCCCUCCGCGGCGGCCCCAACUAGAUUUGCAUUCGCUACCUGCAAAUCUCGCCCAACUCGUGAUCUGCCUUGUAUGGAACAUUCCUCCUUUGCCUUGAUAGUUCCAGUCCGAUUGCCACCCGCUGCUUCGGAAUCUCGUGCGCAGACUGUCAGCGAUAUGGUUCGAUGAUUGACAUCGAAUGUUCUUAAUGUAAUGAGUGUAAUCUUGGUUUUUCACGAGCGUGAUUGUGCCUUGAUUGUCCGAAGCGACGCCACUUGAUGCCCUGUAAUAUCAAAAUUUUGUCAUCGUAUCCACUCACGCUCUAACGCAAAUUGGGGGAUCAUACUAAAUCACUGGAGCAUCGUUGAAUUCGAUUCCCGAACCCCGUUUUGCCGCUCGGAAGAGGUCUAGAUGAGGCGGGAUCCUCCUCUGCGUCAGCUCUUUUUACCGUUCUGUUUUAUGUUUAUGAAGAAACCGGCACCAGUUCUCGA